CUGGAAGAACAAUUGGAUAAGGCUAUUUGGAUAUGACGUGGAUUAGCUCUUCUUGGGGAUGUUUCCUUCGUUUUACAUUUUUACCAUCAUCUCUAUAUUUAGUGUUUUGGUUUUGUUUAUGGAGUGUUUCUUAUGAGUGGAUUAGAAUUUUUGCCCUAUGUAAUUUUUUUGUUAGUUCCACUAUGACUGGCGAAAGCAUUACUCAUGACUAACUCUUAUUUAUGGGUUUUAUGAUUUUUCAGUUUGACCUCCUUCUGAUCUUUGUUGCUAUUUUAUUGAUGUUGUCGCGGCAAUUUGUGAGGUUUUCUGGCUACAAGUCGUCAUUUCUAAGGCGUUUAUUGCAAUGAAAUCCAGACGGAGAGAAAUUAAUAAUCCAAGCUUUAUUCAAGAUUGAGCUCAAGUGAAGUCAACCCAAGCUUUACUAAAGAGAAGAAGGGUUGACUAAAAAUGCGGUCAACAAGGGAAAAGAGAGUAUGACCAGUGGAAAUUGUGGGUGUUUCUUGGAGUGCCCAUAAGACUGGUCGACUUUCGUCCGAAAUCGCUAUAUCAUCCAUGUGAGACAUUUCGUCGAACACGUGGCUGGCUUGCUUUCAACGGACGAGGCAUUUCCUUUACAGUUGCAUAACAAAAAUGAAGAACGCGACCAGCGAUCAAUUCUGGAGUGCGAAUGCCGAACGUGAUAUAUUUAGUCAUUGAUUUUUUUCUUCUUCGCCCCCUUUAACCCUUCAACUAGCUCUCGCCUCUCUUUGUUUCUCUCCUUCCAUCCGAAUUUUCUUUCUAAGAUUUAAAAGUGAUGUAUCGAACGACAAGCACGACGAGGGUCUCUGAUGAGUAUUACAUGAGCGCCGGGCAAGUUGCAUGUCUGAGAUCGGCUGCGGGGCUUGAUCAUCUUCCGAUGUACGGUCCCCAGAUGGAGAUUGCGAAGAAGGAGGCGGCGCAUUUGAGGUUCGCGGAGAACAUGGUGCACCUCAUCCCUGUCGUUAUCAUCAUCUGCGCCACGGUUCUUUGGAUGUUCUCCAACCCUAACAUUGAGAUGAUGAGUAGAGAUGAUUCCAUCCUUGCCAGAAUCAAGAACUUGACCAUUGAUGGUUAUAACAAUUGGAACAACACAGCCGUGACAGUUGGGAUUGAAGAUUUGGAUCCAAUAGAUGGGAUUGCCACAGAGGAUUCUGGAAGAAAUAUAGACAACAAAAAUCAAUAUAAAUAGUUCAUUAGGUUAUUUUACAGGUCCUGUUUCCCAACUGUUCGUGUCUGUGAAAAGAAAUGUGUUCUAAGGAACUUUUUUUAUGAUCGAUACAUCUACCUUUCUUCAAUUUGUAAGGCUCUCGUUGGGCUGUGAUUUUCUAUUUAUUGCAUCUGUUUGUAAAAGCAGAUAAAAAAUUAUUCAUU